AUGAGCAAUAGUGUAAAUGGAGAUGACUUUUCUGAAAGAGAGGAUUGCGAUAUCGAAGACGAUGACCAAGUGCCGCAAUUCAACAUGGAACAAGUUUACACAUCAAUGACAUCUGAACACAAUGGAAUCUUUGCCCAAUCAUUUCUCAUCUCGAAAUAAAUAGCAUCUAAUCUCAUCAAGCAAUCAUUAAAAAUAGCAGAAGAACAAUUUAUACAAAUGCAAAUUCCCAUAAGUUCCAAUGCAUAAGUGAUGACCAUAAUGGAUUUGAUUGUAGCCAGCUAUUACAAUGAGGAUGGAUUGCCUAUCAAUGGAUGUAAUAUGACUGAAGAUGGAGAACCUAAUGUAAUACAUUAUGAUCGUUGGAGGAGAAACAGAGUCAACAUUGAAGAAAUGAAUUAGUCAUUUUCUGAUGGUGAAGAAGAAGAAUAUGUUGAAAAUGAAUUACCAUCGCAACACAAUAGCUAAAAAAAUAACAAGUUACGAUUUUCAGUUUUGGAAAAGAAAAAAACACCAAUUGUUGCUCCACCACCAAAAUCAAGUCAUUCAGAAAUAAGAUUGAUAGAAUUUUAAGUAGCAGAGGAUGAAGAUGAAUACAUUGAUAAAUUAAGAUAGAAGAAAUUGUAUGAUAUUAAGAAGAAGAUUGAAAUCGAACAGAAAAUGAAAGAAGACAUAAUUCAAAAUUAAAAAAAAGAAUAAUCCUCCAAUAAAUACACUUAUGAUUAUGAUGGCAAAAUAUUACUCUCAAGAGGAGUCAAAUACGAUAAAUUAUAACCCACAGUAACAAAGUUAAAGGUAGAGAUGAAAGAUCUUCCAAAAACAACCAAUUAAUAGAGUAUUCAAUAGAGUAACUCGAAAAAGGGAAGCAAAUAGACUAUCUAAACUUAGUAGCCAGUGCUCAUCCCCCCUAAAGCCAGUGCAGACAUACCUAAUAAAAAUAUCAUAGAUCGAAAGGACGUAGCUAAAGAUGCAACUGGAGAUAAAGGACUUCGAAUCGACAGAGGAGCCCAAUUACCUUAUGAUACCUUCUCUAUGACAAAUGGUGUUAAAUUGAUCUAUGAUUCGAGAUACAAGGAAAGGAAUCAGUAAUUACAAUAUAGAUUGUCAGGAUAAAACUUUUUACCUGGUGAUGACAUAAGUAAACAAAUGCAACAAAUACGAUUAACUCGAGCAGAAUAUAAGUUGUUGACUGACAAUGGCAAUCCAUUUCAAUAAUAAACAAAAUCUUAAUUUAUACCUUAGGAGACUGUUGAAACAAAAAAGACCUUAGAAAAUACUAAACUUGAAAAGACAGUUCAAUUCAAUGAGAGUCAUCUUGUCAUGAAUAAGUUUUAGCCGAACAAACCUUAAUUGUAGAAAAUUGAGACUCAAUCGGAGAAGAUUUUGACAAAGAAUGCCAAAUUACUUGAGAAUCUGUUGGUCCAACCUAAUAAGCCUGAUACUCCAAGUUAACCAAUUAAGCAAAGUGAACCAUAGAUUAAGUUAGUAAUUUUCAUCUUAAUUAGAAAUCCUAUUGACACUUUCAAUCAAUCCUUACUCAACUCGAAGGAAUGGGGCAAGGCUAAUGCUAAGACUGGAUACUUUCCACCUGUACGUGUGUCGUAACAUCGAGGACACAAUGGAUCAUUAGAAUAACUUUACAAGCUGCCUAGGGAUAGAAUCAAUGUGCAAUAAUAGAGAACUCAAAGUGAGUUCUAUAAAUUGUUACCCAAGAGGUCUGCGCAUUAAUCAAUGAGUGAAGGGAUGUUGUAGACAUUUUACACUACACAUUCCAAGUUUGAUGAAAAACUUAGAUAAUUUUGA